GAAUCAGAAACUCCCAACAGCCAAAGCUUCCUUAAUCCCGCCCCGUAGGGGCAGAGCAGCCUCAGCCCAUGCUUUCCCUUCUCAUCAUGGCGAGCUUGCCACGCCCACCUCCGCUUUUACAGUCUUGACCUGCCUCCCGUGAACCUUUUCUCGCUCUUCCCGAUUUCAUCUCGGCUCUCUUUCCCAGCAGCCCCUGCGCAGCGUGCUACACUAGUCGUACUCUAAGGUGGCAAGAUGUCGUCCCAGACACCACUUUCAGUACCACUUAGAGAACAGAGACUUCUAGAUGUCAAACUGCAACAGGUGCCAGCCUGGAUAAUGAAGCGGGAUUUUUCCCCUUCUGGGAUGUUUAAAGCUGUUCGUAGAGGUUAUAAUGCAUAUUUUAAUAAGUACAUUGAUGUGAAGAAAGGUGGGAUUGGUGGUGUUACUAUGGUGCUUGCUGGUUACAUCCUGCUCAAUUAUUGUGCAGCUUACAAGGAGCUUAAACAUGAACGAUGGAGAAAAUACCACUGAAAAUUCAAGAUACUUGAGAAGAUGAAUUUUAUCCCUAAGCUAGAGAAUUUUGCAACUGUAACUCAGUGAACAUCACUUGAUGUAACUAGGGCCAAAUACCCAACAUUAAAACAUGUAUUUAACCUGCA